CUUAAACCCCUCGUUCCAUUCCACGGCUUCGAAAGUAGUAUUACUGCUGCGAAAGGCCAAAAGCAGCGGAUCGAAGGGAAAAAGCGCUUCUCCAAACACCCCCCGCCGCCGCCGCCGCUUCUUCUACCAGCAGUAGAACGCUCUAGAUCUCUUCUCCCCGGAGCUUCAACGAGCUCUCUCAUGGCGACGAACUACGAAGGGGGAGGAGGAGGAGGAGGAGGAGGAAGCGGCGGCGCGGCGCCUCCGAAGUCCAUCCCCUCCGGCGACGACGCCGUGUGGGCCGACGCCGCCCCGCUCAUCGAGGCCGCGUGCAAUGAUCUUCAGGAGGGGGAACUUGUACACGGAGAGAACUUCAGUCUUUUUGCUGCUAUGUCUGCGUUGGAGAUAAUGGAUCCAAAGAUGGACCCUGGAAUUGAGAGUAGUGGAUAUUGCUCAGUUGAUGAAGCAAUCGAAAAUGGUAUUGCUCCAGUUCCUCUUAGUUUUGACCGAACUGUUGAUGUUAAGCAUACUCUUGAUGUCAUGGAUCACCUUUUAGCAUGUGAGGCAACAUGGCACAAUGGUCAUUCACUAGCACAGACUGUCUUUUCAUGCAUCUAUAUUCUGAGGAUUGAAAGAACAUCACCACAUCCCUUAUUACACUCAUAUUGCAGAGUCAUGCGCGCCACUUGUAAUGCUGUUGUUUCGGCUGUAUCCGAUGCUCGAACACAUGAGGAAGAGGAUCUUUUCACAAUGUCUUAUGGCUUGCCAUUGAAAGAUGGAGGUGAUGAUAAGUGUUUGUCGAUUUUGAAUUCUGUUGAAGAAACAGUUUCGCGCCAAUUGCGUGCAUGUAAGGCUCAACCAUCUAAAAAGAAGGUGUUAGAAGAGUUUGAAUCCCUACAAACAAAUCCAGAUUUGGAAGAGGGUUAUUGUAGAGCUGUUCUAUGCCGAUUACGUUUUCGUAAGCAUUUCUAUCAUGCUCUAACCUGCAUGAGGAAACCUCAAGGAAGAGGAUUGGAGUUGGCUCGUAAACAUAUUGCUGCAUGCUUAUCUGAACUAGAUAACAUGUUCAAAUCUCUGGACUUUCUUAGAUCUCAUUCGUUCUAUCAAGAAAGCGCUGUAACUAGUACAACCGCCUCAGGUUGCAGGCCUAUUGGUUUUGAUGUUAGCUUAAAUAGCAGACUGUUGAGCCCUACUCCGCCACGUGCAGUCAAAGUACUUAGCUGGAUAGAUGCUGUUAGUUAUUUUGAGAAGCUUCUGCAUUAUUUAGAUACCAUAUGCUCUUUCUCUCUCGAUCCAGCUCUUGAAAGCGUUCUUCACUUUAUUGUUAAGUUUCAAUUAUCACAACCACCUCUAGUUGCACGAGCUCAUCUGCAGCUUCUCUUGGUUCACGAUGGAAAACUCUACGGGCGAGAUUCCUUUUCUGAUGUAAUAGCAAGGUCGUUAGCAUUACCAGAUGUCACCAAAGAUAAGGAAUUUCAGACAAAUGAAUUUGUACUGCAGCUAGGUCAGUUGCUGAUCAACUUAAUUAAAAUUCUUUGCGCAAACACUGCAUGGCAGCGACGCAAGCUUGGGAAAAUUUUGCAAGAUUGGAGUGUUAUAUCCAUACAGUUGGAGCUGGCUUUGAAAAGAGAGUUCGGUGAAUUGUUAAAUUCUUCAGUUGAUGAGAGUGUAUGCAUGAAGGUGUCCAAGCAUCUCCUCAUGUGGGCUCAGGAGCAGACCUACUGGAUUGCUUUGCGGUUUCUCACCUUGGGCUUUGAGCUACAGCUGUAUUCCCCCAGUGAAUACUGCAUGGUUUACUGGUACAUGUAUGUUAUCUUCAUGAAGCAAGUGGAAACAAUGCAGAUACGGAUAGUUACGGGCAGUGAUAGUUCACGAAGAAAAGGGAAAAAGAAAAGAGAUCAUCAUGCCAGGGAUUCAGGAAGAGACGCCAUGGCUUCGUCAUAUUGCUUGUUGCUCCAAUGCUAUAUGUGCCUCUCCGAAGGACUAGCAAUGAUGUUGGCUGCUUUGCGCAAUGAAAGCAAUGCAUUCCAAAUGCUGAACAUUUUCAAUAGCGAACAAGAGCGGUUUAUCCAGCAUUUCGAGCUUCUCCAGAAAGCACAAGUUCCCGAGCACAUCUCAUACCACAUUUUCAAAGAAUCAACUGCCCAUGCAUGCAUAUCUGAUGUCGUGAAACACAACUAUUUUAGAGAAGCCCAAAGGAUUGCAGCAUCCCUAAAGGGUAGUUUUUCGGCCGACCCAGAAAGGCUGGCAGAGCUCCGUCUGAUAGAGCAGGUCGCAGAGCACAACCGAAUAGCCCUAAAUGUCAUCAACCAGGUCGGAGCCGGCGAUCCAACGCUUAGGGUUCCACUUGAGUUCACCCACCACAACCACUUUGUAGUUGCAGUCGUCAAGAGAUCGUAAUCCCUUCGACGGCGACCCGAAAUUCGCGACACUCCGACAGAUGCAGAAAGGAUAAAGGUGAGCCAUCACUGUUACAAUAAACCUGUUUAUCAUUUUUCGGUUUGUCGAGUGAUCCGAUUCUGUAAGAAUCUGUUGAUAACUUCCACACCACUUCUCCAUGCUUUAUUGAUGGUAAUGAUAAUGUUUUCAUUACAAAAUCAUUGAUUUGUGAAAUAAAUAGUAGUGUUUAAUGUUUUCCACCCUUUUAGGAUUUGUCAUUGUAACUUAUAUCAGAGAAAUAUCAUGAGCUAUGACUUGCAGCCAAUUGAUGCAAUUGUAUCAAUGAAA